UGCAAGUCGAUCUCCAGAGUGUUAAAGUUUCUGAACUGUCAUUUCGGUCUCUGACGAAUAUCUGUCUUUUUACAGUCCUUUCAGUAAAACACCACAAUACAGCAAGAAGCUUCUGGUACUUUAUUGGAAACUGUUAGCUAUCUGUAAAGCUAGUUUAUGCACACUAGUGAAGGCAGAAUAGUAAAAAGACACAUGGAAAGUCAGCCAAAAGUCGACACGGAAGACUACACUGCUGUCUCUGAUCGCCAAAGUUCAGCCAGCAACGUUGGUGACUUGUGGGAAACGAGCUCGAACAGUUCCAACAACUCACGUGCCAGUCAGCGGUCACACGCCAGUCAGCGGUCACACACCAGUCAGUGGUCUAAUGCAAGCGUUUUGGCUGCUAGAGCACGUGCUAAAGCAGCAGCCGCUCAAGCAAAGGCAUCAUACGCUGAACGAGAAGCAGAGGUGUUAAAAGAAAAGGCCCACAUCAAGGCUGAGGCUACAAAAAAGAAAGCAGAGCUCAGCGCUGACCUCCUCAAAUUGCGUCUACAGAGUGCAGCUGCUGCUGCCAACGCCGAAGCAGAGGUCCUGGAAGCAGCCGCUGGGGAAGAAGGUGGAGAACCCUGGUUUCUAGAAAGCAGCGACAAAGUAGUUGACUCCAUACCAGCUCCACCUCCGCAGACUAUUAAUCGCUCUAAUUACCCUCAAGCUAGCACAGUGACACUUCCAGCAGCUCAGCGAGUGAAAUACAGCGGCGAUAUUGAGCAACAUAAAGAUAAAGAGCAUAACAUAUCAAACAGCGAGAUUAGUGAAUAUGGGUUUCAAGAGCUACCAGUGACGCAUUCUCCACAGUAUGACAUCAGCAGUGGAGCAACUCAUCCUUAUGCCCAAAGCUCGUUCAAAAAUGCCCUUUUCACGUCCCACUCACAGUAUCCUACCCCAGCUACUACAGACCACAGAUUUCAGCAACAUCUAAUGAACCAGUCAGUUCCUUUGCAGCCUAGGCUGACGUCACCACGCCCUGUACCCAGUGCAAACGAGUCCAAUUCCCCAGCCACAUCGGACUUAGCCAAAUAUUUGGUACGCAGAGAGUUGGUCAGCUCAGGGCUCCUGACGUUUGAUGAUAAGCCUGAAAAUUAUUGGGCUUGGAAGGCAUCCUUUUUGAACGCUACAGCAGGUCUCUAUUUAUCCCCAAAAGAAGAGUUAGAUCUCCUCUGCAAGUGGUUAGGCCCCAAAUCAUCAGACCAAGCCAAACGAUUAAGGGCUGUGCACACUUACGAUGCCGCAGCUGGUGUAAAAAUGGUAUGGCAAAGACUGGAAGACAUCUAUGGGUCCCCUGAAGCGAUCGAGAAUGCUCUCCUGAAAAAGUUGGAAGAUUUUCCCAAAAUCGCAAACAGAGAAAACGGCAAGUUAAGGGAGUUAGGUGAUCUCAUCUCAGAGCUUGAUGCUGCCCGGGUAGAUGGAUUCCUGCCUGGUCUGAGUUACCUAGACACGUCCCGGGGCAUCACACCCAUUGUUCAGAAACUCCCAUUUCACCUUCAAGAAAAAUGGAUUACCACAGCAUCUUACUAUAAAGAGCAACACCAUGCUUCAUACCCGCCAUUUCCCGUUUUCGUGAAGUUUGUGUGCGACAAAGCUAAAACUUUAAAUGACCCAAGCUUUGCUCCCUUGCUUUCUACCAGUGGUCCAAGUGUUUGUAGGCCUGAAAGAAUGAUCAAGCCCAAUUUCAAAACCGCAGUAUCUGUUCGAAAAACUGAAAUACUUGCUCCAAAAGGCAAUCGUGAAUCCUCUGACCAAAAGGUGGUUGACCCGGAUAAACUGUGCCCGCUCCACAAUAAACCACAUUCCCUUCGCAAGUGUCGUGGUUUCAGAGCAAAGACUUUGGAUCAGAGGAAAGUCAUUCUGAAAGAAUUGGCCAUUUGUUACAAGUGCUGUUCCUCCGUCAACCACAUGGCAAAAGAUUGCGACGCAAGUGUACAUUGCAAUGAGUGCAAAAGUGACCAACACGUUACCGCACUGCACCCUGGACCACCAACCUGGAAAACGGAAACUCCAGGAUCUGAAUCUCCUAACGUGCAUGGCGGGGAGCAAGCAGAAAGUCCUAUACGCGCCAUUGUCUCCAAAUGUACUGAGGUAUGUGGAAAGGGUAACAGCUCACGCUCAUGCUCCAAAAUCUGCUUAGUAAACAUUUAUCCUGUUGGGCACAAGGAAAAGGCAGUGAAAGCUUAUGUUGUCUUAGACGAGCAAAGCAAUAGGUCUUUAGCAAAAACAGAAUUCUUUGAGAUCUUUAACGUUAACACAGACACCAAAAUUUACACUCUAAAGACUUGUUCAGGCGUAGGAGAGACAAAAGCACGCCAAGCUGACGGGUUCAUUCUGGAGUCUCUUGAUGGCAACACUAGCGUCCGGCUGCCCACAUUAAUCGAGUGCAACAUGCUCCCAGAUGAUCGAUCUGAGAUCCCCACACCGGAGGCUGCAAGACAACACGCUCACCUCAAGCAUUUGGCAGUCAAGAUUCCUGAUUUGGACCCUAAUGCUUCAAUACUGGUCCUCCUUGGUCGGGACAUACCAAGACUGCACAAGGUCAGAGAACAUUACAACGGCCCCCACGAUGCUCCUUACGCCCAACGCCUCGACCUCGGCUGGGUGAUAAUAGGUGAUGUUUGCCUUGGAGGUGCUCAUGUGCCUAGCAAUCUCAGUGUUUACCGCACAUCAGUGUUGAACAAUGGACGCACAUCUCUGUUGGACUCUUGCACCAAUUCAUUCCAUGUUAAAGAAAAGAUUCUGAGCUCUGACGGCCCAUUUAAUUCUGGGAACAUGUGCAGCUUGAUGGACAUAGAUGAAAAUGACUGUCUAACCAACAAAUUGUUCAAGAGAACCCCACAUGAUGACAAACCUGCCAUGUCAGUCGAGGAUGAACUCUUCUUGGAGAUCAUGGAUGAACAAAUGUUCAUGGACGAGUCUAACAGCUGGGUGGCACCACUGCCCUUCAAAACGAAUAGACACAGAUUACCCAACAAUCGAGACCAAGCAGUCAAACGUCUCAACUCACUGCGUCGAGCGCUUGACAAAAAGCCCCAAAUGAAAGAACAUUUCUUGAACUUCAUGGAAAAAAUGUUUGAGUCAGGACAUGCUGAACCCGUUCCGCCACCCACCAAAGAUCAAGAGUGUUGGUACCUACCGUUUUUUGGUGUGUACCAUCCACGCAAACCUGAUCAGAUACGGGUAGUGUUUGAUUCUAGUGCAACUUACAAAGACACGUCUUUGAACGAUGUUUUGUUGAGUGGUCCAGACAUGAACAACACACUUAUUGGGGUCCUUUUGCGCUUCCGAAAAGAACCUGUGGCAAUAACUGCGGACAUACAGCAAAUGUUCUACUGUUUUGUCAUUCGCGAGGACCACCGCGACUUUGUGCGUUUCCUGUGGUACGAAGGUAACGAUCUCACAAGGGCAAUCAGAGAGUACAGGAUGACCGUACAUGUGUUUGGAAAUAGCCCGUCUCCUGCCAUAGCUAUAUAUGGUCUCCGGAGGGCGGCGCUGGCCACACAGGAUGAGUACAGUGAAGAGGCCAAACAGUUUGUCCUUAAAAACUUUUACGUUGAUGAUGGACUGGCUUCUUUUUCUUCAGACGUUAGCGCCAUUCAAACUCUGAAAAGUGCCAAAGAAAUGCUGGCGGACUCUAACAUUCGUUUGCACAAAAUAGCCUCCAAUAACCCAGACGUAAUGGAAGCAUUUCCAUCUGAGGAACGUGCAAAAGAACUGAAAAGUCUUGACCUUGGUGCAGAGCCUCUGCCCUUACAGAGAAGUUUAGGGCUUAACUGGGACUUGCAACAUGACUGUUUCACCUUUCUCGUAUCAAGAGAAGACAAGCCGUUCACAAGAAGAGGCAUCCUUUCUGCUGUUAACAGCUUGUACGAUCCUCUUGGGUUUGCUGCCCCCAUCAUCAUGCAAGGUAAAGCUCUCAUUAGAGAAUUGUGCUCAGAGAACUGUGAAUGGGACACUCAAUUGCCAGCAGAAAAAGAGGCACUAUGGAAAUCUUGGAAAGAUUCGCUUGUAGACCUUGAGAAACUUCAAAUUCCUAGACAGUAUGUGCACACGUCACUGCAAUCUACCUGUCAAAGAGAGUUGUGUGUCUUUGCAGAUGCUUCUACAUCAGCUAUUUCAGCGGUUGCAUACCUCCGAGCCAUAGAUUCUGAAGGUCAAGUCCACGUAGGCUUCUGCAUGGGCAAGUCCAAAUUAGCUCCUAGACAAGUCCACACAGUACCUCGCUUGGAGUUAUGUGCUUCCGUUCUGGCGGUGGAGUUAGCAGACAUGUUGCUGAAUGAACUUGACAUAGAAAUUCACAAUGUGAAGUACUACACUGACAGUCGAGUAGUCUUAGGCUAUAUCAAUAACAUCAGCCGAAGGUUCUAUGUCUACGUAGCAAACCGUGUUGCUCGCAUCAGGAAGUCAUCCGAUCCCAGUCAGUGGCACUUUGUGAGCACGGAAAUUAAUCCUGCCGAUCAUGGAACACGACAUGUGCCAGCUUCCUUAUUGAGUUCUACAAAUUGGUUCACUGGUCCCAACUUCUUGAGGGAAAGAGAUGGAGAGUGUCCUGUGCAGCAGAAUGACUUUCAGCUUGUUGAACCCUCCACGGACAUUGAAGUCCGCCCACAAGUCUCUACGUUUGCAACUACAAUCGUGGCAAAUUCACUCGGGUCACACAGGUUUGAGCGAUUCUCCAGUUGGAAACGCCUCACUCAAGCUAUAGCGAAGCUCAUUGAAAAGGCCAGAUCUAUCUCAAAGGCUACUGAUUCAGAUGAAGCAAAGAUGGACGCUUUAAUUCAAGCAAAGUUAGUCAUUGUCCGAACUGUUCAAGGUGAGUCCUUUGAAGAAGAAUUGAGAACUUUGAACAAAGGCGAGGACAUAAUAAAACACAGCCCAUUGAAGAAUCUCAAUGUGUUUUUGGACAAGGAAGGUCUGCUGCGAGUAGGAGGACGUGUGACUUCUGCUGAAAUAACUCAAGAACAAAGUCAGCCUAUUGUGAUUCCGAAGAAGCAUCACAUUGCUGCCUUGCUGGUCCAGUUCUACCACGAACAGGUUGCGCAUCAAGGCAGACAUAUCACUGAAGGAGCCGUCAGGUCUGCUGGACUGUGGAUCCUUGGAGGAAAAAAGUUGGUUUCAAAUCUACUCAACAAAUGCACAACCUGCCGCAGGUUAAGAGGGAAUGUUCAACAACAAAAAAUGGCAGACCUUCCGGCUGAUCGUCUUUUCCAAUCUCCUCCUUUUACACAUGUCGGAGUAGAUGUGUUUGGACCGUGGAACAUAUGCAUCCGUCGUACAAGAGGUGGAGUGGUAGAAAAUAAACGAUGGGCAGUAAUGUUCACCUGUUUGGUCACACGAGGAGUUCACAUCGAGGUUGUGGAGUCUCUCUCUACUUCAAGUUUCAUAAACGCGCUCAGAAGGUUCCUGGCCAUAAGAGGACCCACCAAACUUUUCCGUUCAGAUUGUGGAACGAACUUUGUAGGAGCAUGCAAGGAGCUUCAGAUAAGUUCAGACCCAGAGCUUCAAUCCUACCUCAAAAAGGAGGCAUGCACUUGGAAGUUUAACCCACCUCACUCUUCUCACAUGGGAGGGGUGUGGGAAAGAAUGAUUGGUGUGGCUCGACGUAUCUUGGAUGCUAUGAUGCUGAAGGUUCAUUCUCCAAAUCUGACUCAUGAAGUACUUGUGACGCUCAUGGCAGAGGUAACAGCCAUAAUGAAUGGUCGUCCAUUAGUACCUGUGUCAUCGGAUCCUCAACAACCUGAUUUACUGACUCCGGCUCUUCUCACUCAGAAAAUCUGUCCCGCUUCUAUUCCUCCUGGGGACUUCGAUCCAAAAGACUUGUACCGGAAGCAAUGGAAACAGGUGAAAAGUCUGGCUAACUCAUUCUGGAAACGAUGGCGAGAAGAGUAUCUUGCUACCCUUCAACCAAGAAGAAAAUGGCAAGCAGAUCAACCAAACUUAGCCAUUGGUGACGUUGUCCUCUUAAAGGACUCUCAGGUCAAAAGAAACGAAUGGCCUACUGGACUUAUUGUGAACACUUAUCCUGGGAGAGAUAAAAGAGUACGUAAAGUAGAUGUCCGCAUAGUUAAAGAAGGUACUCCUAAGGUGUACUCAAGACCUGUUUCGGAAAUUGUGUUAUUAGUAAAGGGUUAAUAGUGUAAUAGUAGUAUUCCAGGCGGGGAGUGUACUGCCCAUUGUGAGAAGAGGUAUUUGGGUUUUGAGUUUCUUGUGUUUUGUCCACUCAGAGUUUCCGUAGCUCAGUUGUUCUCAUAACAUUCCCCCUGCAAGUCGAUCUCCAGAGUGUUAAAGUUUCUGAACUGUCAUUUCGGUCUCUGACGAAUAUCUGUCUUUUUACAGUCCUUUCAGUAAAACACCACAAUACAGCAAGAAGCUUCUGGUACUUUAUUGGAAACUGUUAGCUAUCUGUAAA